CCAUUGCACCAAAACACUACAGGAAAAGUAGAGGUGUUGUGUCAGUGUUCAUGGUCACUUUAAUAACGAAUGCAGGGGUUGAUAGUGAAAAGAAAUCAGUUUGUAAGUUUUGGGAGGUGACAUGGAAGAAUAUCAUUCUGUGAUUUUAUUCAAGCUUAUUUUUGGAAGUGGUAUAAUCAAAGUGUAAACAUUGAGAUCUGUUCAUGGCUUGUGUGUCACCUCUAUCAUCAACCAAGAUAAUGGUGGAAGGUUGUAAAGAAAGCACCAUUAGUCCCAACAAUUCUCCGGAUGGCAAAGGUUGCGGAACCUUAUCAUCAAAUUGCAGUAUAGAGAGUGCUGAGAUGAAGAGCAUCGAGUCGGAGUUGUCCGGUUGUGAUAGUGGCGUUGAUAGUAGUUCAUCAAAAAGCGUUGACCUUCUGAUGGAGAAGACGGCAGCGAUUGAGUCUAUCACAGCCAACACAGAGGCGGAGCUAGUAGCCAAGUUGGAGCUUCAAAACAAAUUAUUAGAAGCCGACACCAAGUCUACAAAAUCAUUGUGCGACUCAACAAGAUCCUCACGACGAGGUUCCAACUCUAGUCUCAGGUCAACAGGGUCAGUUCAGAGCAACAUGAGUAAUACAAAUGCCAGUAGCGGUGGUGAGAUAGACGUCAAUGAAUUGUGGGUAACAUGGGGAAAGAUUGUCAAUGAUUGGGAAGAAUUUUCAAAGAAGAAACCAAAACAAUUGAGGGAAUUAGUAAGAGCAGGAAUCCCACAUCAUUUCCGUGGAAUCGUUUGGCAGCUACUUUGUGGCGCAUAUGGUUCAUCGCUACGUGAUCGGUAUGCAGAGUAUUUAAAGCAAACUUCUCCCCAUGAAAAACUUAUACGUAGAGAUAUUGCGCGAACAUAUCCCGAGCAUGUAUUUUUCAAAGAGAAGGAUGGACCAGGACAGGAGACUUUAUUUAAUGUUAUGAAAGCCUAUUCUCUGCAUGAUCGAGAGGUUGGUUACUGCCAGGGAAGUGCCUUCAUUGUUGGCUUGUUACUCAUGCAGAUGCCGGAAGAAGAAGCCUUUUGCGUCCUUGUGAAACUCAUGCAGGAGUACAGGCUACGAGAGUUAUUCAAACCCUCCAUGGCAGAGUUAGGCCUGUGUAUGUACCAACUAGAAUGUAUGGUCCAGGAGCUUCUACCUGACCUCUACACACACUUUAUCACGCAAGGUUUUCACACGUCAAUGUACGCAUCACACUGGUUCCUGACGUUGUUCUCCGUCUGCUUCUCUAUACCAUUGUCAUGCAGGGUCAUGGAUUUAUUUAUAUUAGAUGGAAUGGAAAUUAUAUUUCGCAUCGGAAUGUCUAUCCUUCAGAUGCAUCAUGAUGAACUUCUUGCCAUGGAUAUGGAGGAGAUGUUAAAAUUUCUUCAAAAAACAGUGCCUUCUAAACAUAGCCAAGACCAUGACACACUAAUUCACAGUGCCUCCCAGAUUAAGUAUAAUGCCAAAAAAAUGAAAAGGUUAGAAAAGGAUUACUUAGCAUUCAAGACCAAAGAAACUGAAGAACAGGUUGAAAUGAGGAGGUUAAGAACGGAAACACGUCUUCUUCGCCAACGAAUCGACGUUCUCGAGAAAGAGAACAUUGCUCUUGCGGACAAACUUAUCCAUGACCAACUGACCAGAGCUCAAGAAGCAGAAGACUCGUACCAAGUGAAACAAGAACUACAUUUAACGAAACAACAGGAGCAGGAAACGCAGGACAAGUUAGAGGGUGCACAAAUCAUCAUCAAAGAUUUGAAAGAAAAGCCGCCUAAAGGAAAACUUAGCUUCAGAUUCAAGAAGAACAAAACCAUGGACAAACUGCUGAAGGCUCAAAAUUUCAUGAAAGAUAUGAUUCAGAAGGCUCGUGAAGGCACUUCAAAUGUUUACAUUGAUUCAGAAGCUGAGGCUAUCAUCUUAGCAUUACAAGAAGAGUUAAUCGCAGUCCGUUUACGAGAAGCGGAAACUUCAGAAUCACUCAGAGAAAUGGAGCAGAAAAUCAUUGAACUAGAAAAGACUAAUAAAAAGAUAAGGCGAGCGGAGGCAGGGAUCUCGGUUGACUCGAUGCAGGAUGAAUUAAUAGCUGUGAAACUGAGGGAGGCUGAAGCUAACCUCUCACUCAAGGAAUUAAAACAGAAGGUGUCGGAACUAGAGGACCAUUGGCAGAAACACUUACAAAGAUCAACAACCACACCAAAACGCAAGGACCCCAACAGUAAAUUGACAGUGAACGGUUUACAAGAUGAGUUAAUUGGCGUGAGGUUAAGAGAAGCAGAAGCUGUUGCGGACCUAAAGGAAUCUCGUCAACGAGUUCUAGAACUUGAAACACAGCUGAGGCUACUUAAACUGAAAGAGAAGCUAAAAUUACGAUCCAGUAGUGUAGACGAAGAGCCUGUUACGAAUUUGACAGACAGAUGCGACUCAUCCAACCACGACAAGAAUCAGAUGACAAGUAAUCAGAUGAGGCGAAUUGAGGAGGAGAGGUUGAUGUUAAAAACAGAACUAGAAACAGCAUUAGAAAGAGAACAAGACCUUAGGUUGAAACUUAACACAGUACAAAAAGAAUUAUGUCAAAUGGAAGCAAAGGGUAAAGAAGAAUUAAUGGCAAUACGAUUACGUGAGACUGAGGCGAGAGCAACGCUAGCAGAAUUUACACAGCGUAUAGCUGACCUUCACGUAGAGCCGGAGGUGCAACCUUUUCUUAUUGAAAUGGUAAAGAAACAAGAACUCUUGGCCAAAGAACAACUAAGCAACACAGAAUCAUUUCAAAAUGUACAUGAACUCUACAAUAUUAUCAAAGGACUACAGGCAGAGGUAAGACGAUUAAAAAUGGCUCACAAGAUGAAACAAACCUCUGUGAAAGAAGAUGCGGAUGCUUUCCUAAAUGAAUUUGAUGAACUUGACGAUGACUCAGUGUCAAUCAACCUUCCAGACAUUGACUCCUCAAUAUUUGAGGACGCAGAUGGAAUUGAGGGAGUGGUGGAGAUGGAGAAGGUGUCACGGGAACGCUUAAGCUCCAAAUCUAGUGAGACUACUGUAUGAUGUAAUGAUGUGGGAUUGAUCUUCCUCCUCCACUCUCCCCAUCUUGUUCUUCAGUGACCUUAUAUACAGAUUCUAUAUCAUACAAUCUUGGUGAACUUUAUACUGUCUUGUGCACUUUAAAAAUAUUUGAUUAUGCACCUUCAAGGUUAACAUGCUAUUCAUGAUUCAAUAUAUGUAUAGUAUUGUAUAAUGAUGAUAUACCAUAAAUAUGUAUAUAUAGUGUGUAAAUACACUAAAUAUAUAAGACUACAAUACAUACUGUAAAAUCAUUGAUUAGACAAUAUGGAUUAGCCUUCAGGAAGAGUAAAUUUUUUAUGGACAAAUCAAAUUUUGUUUUCUUAUGACAACAUGAGACAAGAUAUAUUAUGUAUUAAAACAUAUAAAAUUAAAGUGAAUGAAUCUCAAAAAUGAAUGAAUACAAUUUAUAAUUUUUUUAUGACUGAUAACAAAUAAAGAAAGUGAAGAAAGAAACAACUCA